GGGCGUAAAGCUAUAUAAGAAAGAAGCCGAUAAUUGAAGAGGAAUCGAACAUAAUCUUUCGUAAAAAGUAAACGUGAGGAGCGUUGUGUUCGCCCGAAAAGUUAACAUGGAACGCGAAUUUCUAGCGAUUUUCACGCUCUUGAUAUCGGGCGCUGCUGCACAUUAUAGCCUGAACUAUUGCGGUCCGAACACGAUGGUUACCCCCUGCGGAAAUUUGUGCGAACCUUAUUGCGGUCAACUCAAACCGGUCAAGUACUGUUCCCCAAUUUGUCAGAAGAACGGAUGCGUCUGUAAACCGGGUUACAAAAGACGGGAUCCCAAUGGUCCUUGCAUCCCAGAAUUUUGGUGCGAAACUGCAGCUGAGACAUGGGACUGGGUAGAAGAGCCUUAUCAUCCGCCUCCUCUACCUCCUGCGCGUAGUUCUUAAGAAUUCUAAGAUAAUUAUCGUUAAUCAAUUAAAUUCUUGUAAAUAAAUAUCGUUCGAUAUUCGCGU